GACUUCUACACAAGUGGGCGGGAAAUCUCGCAUUAAGCAAUGCAGUGAAGGCGCUCGCUAGGGUUCCUCGAUUUCUCGUGUAUCUGGUCCAAAGAUGAGCUCCCUCGCGGCUAUGGCGCUGCCAAUCCAUCGCUGCUGCGUCGAGGCCGUGGAGGCGUCGGAUUUGGCAUCGUGCAGCGGUAGAUUCGCGCACAGGAGCUCCAAAUGGAGGAGGGGGAGGGGCGGCGCCGCCGCCGCCGCCGCUCACAGAGGUACUAAGCAGCGAUUGUUGUGCAGCUCAAUGCUCGAUACAUGGCGAGAUUCAAGAGAUGCUUCCAGAGUCUUGUGGCAUGCGGUGUGGGAUAUUUCCACGGGGCAAGGGCAUGUCCCCGUGGUUGUGGAUGAGAUUGCCGGGCAGUACGAAGAUAGCUACGAGGACGUCGAUAAGCAUCUCAUGGACUACUUCACAUUCAAGGCUGUGAGAACCGUGCUGGCGCAAUUGUAUGAAAUGAAUCCCAGCCAAUACAUCUGGUUCUAUAACUUCGUUGGGAAUAACAAACCACAGGAUAGCAAAGUUUUCAUCCGGCUCUUAGUCAAGGAGCGCCAGGAGCUUGCCGAGAGAGUGAUGGUCACUCGCUUACACUUGUUUGGAAAAUGGGUGAAGAAAUACAGCCACGAGAACAUGUAUAACGCAAUCUCCGACCAAAAUUUGGAGCUGCUGCGAGAGCGUUUGAUGCAAACCGUGAAGCUCCCAUCAGACGGGGAGGAAUUCACGAAAACGUAAAUUCCACCACUCGCGGGAAUCCUGGAUACUGUUCCUGGAGAGAUUCCAUUCGUACGAAUCUUCCCCCAUCGUAUGUACGGAGAUUAAACAUGAAAGAAAUAUUUUUCCUUGU